UCGCACAAUUUUCUUUUCUUUUUCUCUUCUCUUCUCUUCUCUUCUCUUCUCUUCUCUUCUCUUCUCUUCUCUUCUCACACUCAAUCACAUUCAAUGCAUCACACAGACCAGAGGGAUGUGUCAACAGUUACAGCAGUAUGGUUCCUAUGCAACUACAGCAGAGAUGAUACUGUGCUGUGUGGAUGAUGCGUCAGAUGUAGCAGAGCAGGAUUGUGCAAACAGUCCAACUCACUGUCAGGUCAGCGCAGCGGCAGAGUGUGGGACAACGGGGGUUGUCUCGAGGAGGUGGGGUCUGUCCCAUGUGUCGACCGUCUGAUGGAGAGAAGAGGGGCACAGCACAGUGAGCAUGAGAGGACACAGAGUGCUACGCAGAGAGAGACUGCAGGCAUGCAGCGACACAGAGCAGCAUAUAUGUUUAAAGAAGCUGCAGCAGAGUGGGCUGCUGAUGAGGUGUGUCGGGCAUGAGAUCCCCAGAGACCUGAGGUUACAGAUCUGCCAAACAUGUGAUUGGACAACACCCCUCGAAACAUAGAGCAUGUGACUUUGCACCGGAGUUUGUAGACCCUAGCCAUGCUCUCUCUGUGGAAUCUUUAUCUUCUUCUCCCCCUCUCCUUGCCUCUCUCUCUUCACGUCAUAGCAUUUGACAGAGAGACUGUCAGGGAAACACAAGAGUCAGACUCUGACACACAGCCCCUAAAGAGACCUCAUGGAUCUGUCUUGGCAGCGGGGGGAACUGAGAAUUUUGACCUCUUGGGGCUACCUUUAAGUUGGCCUUUGUCGUCAUAUGAGGAAUCAGACAGCCGAGGUGUGAUUGGGGAAUACACAGAUUUACAGGAGAGCACAGAGACAUUUCCUAGUUAUUCUGAGGAGAAGGGACUUAUCAUAUCCAGAACCACAGGUGCAACAGAAGACGCCUCCUCCAAGGCAAGUGCACAACCUCAACCCACCCAAGAACAACAAACAAGGACUGUAUCUUUCUUGCAAUCAAAACAAACUGCAGAGAAUGAGGCACCCUUCCCAGACUUGCAGGAUGAUACUACUGAUAGCCGGUUACCUUUUCUUCUGUCUGGCUCGAUUCCAUCAGUCUGGGACUCCACUUCAGCACUGCCUGCUGGACCUGGGCCCAGUCCUGAGCGUACAACUCAACCAGUACCUACUGGCGGUUGGGGAUGGACCACAGGCCCUUCUGUUGUCACACAGGAAAGGACACAGGUGCUGACUGUCCCAGCAAAAGAGACCAAAGGUGUAUUGAGUGAUAUUACAGAUCCGAUUUUACAUGGAGGAGCUGUCAGUAUAGAAGAAAAUAAAGAUGACUCCAAAGAUGAUGACCUGCAGAUCUCAAAGACCAGUAGCAUAUUCUCGCUUGAUGGUAACAAAGCUACAUCAGCCACAACUUGCAAAACAUCAAACAACUCCUGGAGUCCCACCUACCCAGAUGAUCUUCCUCCCGAUGAGUCCCCGCAGCCCUCUCUGCCUCUCAGCCCUGGCCUUUUCGUCCCUCUGUAUUCAGACUGGAACUCUGCCCUCGCCACCUGGGGAUUUGCAUGGGAAGCACACAUCUAUGGCCUGGGGUCUGUCUUCACUGUAUUUGGCCUAAUCUCUGUGGUCUGCCUGUUAGGCCUACCUCUACGGUGUCCCCCAGGAAUCCCAUACCUCACCCUGCUGCACUUGUUCCUCCUAGCAUUUGCAGGAAUCCAAGCUUUUCGUUUGCUCUACGAUGCUUACAAUCAUCAAGAACGUCUUCCCCCUUUGGGCUCUCUGCUUCUCUCUGAACUUCCCUUCCCCUGUCUGAUCUCAGCCUUCUCCUUGGCCAUCCUCCUCCUGUCCUUACGCCCAAGCAUGCGUCUCUCGUUCCCACUUGCUAAGUCCACCUCAUUUUCAGUCUUGCCUAGGCCUUGCCUGUUAUUGUGUCUGUCCCUGUUGUACUGUGGAGUCUCUCUAGGGUGCGUUGGCAUGCUCCAACUCUUCCACAACCUGCCAACUGUGAUCCUGCUAUUCCCUCAGGGUGUGUUUGUAUGUCUCACUAUCUUACUUUCAUGCUCCUACCUCAUCUUUUUCUGCUUAAUUCAAGUCGACACAAAACACAUCUACAGGCUGAAUGACAAUGGAGAGAGUGGAGGAUCUCCUGAAGUGAUGCGACCCACAAGUUGCCCCUUUGCCAAACUGGAGGACUGGGGUAGGGCAGCAGGAGCUGGAGUAGGGGCCUCUUUUUGUUUGUUAGGGUGUGGAGGCCUCCAGCUUUAUGGGAUACUGCAUGCUCUUGGUUUGGGUGGGGUUGAUGGCUAUGGGUUCCAGCCUUGGCCCUGGUGGGGCUACCAGGUAGGCUGCAGGAUCUGUGAGAUUGGGGUGUGUCUAGGUUUGUCUCUCAUUGGCACACAUCCUCUUUUCUGUCACAACAACUCCUCCAUCAAAACGAUAAGUCAUCCUCGGCCAGGAUCUUGGUCGCGCCUCUCCUGCGGCUCCCCUUCACGAGGGUUUACCCUGCCCUCUCAAACAGGUGCCAAUUCCCCUGUCCUCUCCUCUCACGAUUCCUGGUCCCAGAAUAAGCAGGAAAAGCUGGUGGUCUGUGAUGUCAUCAGUAAGGGACAGUCAGAGGCACUUCCUCUUUUCUCAAUAGUGGAUCCUCCUGGAAAUGGGCUAGACUGCGUCUCCAAGUCCAGCCAAAGUCGGAUCACUUUACUACCUCUACCUUCACCUCCAAGCCCACCUUGCCAGCCUAAAAAUGCAGUUGAGUCUCAGCCAUCGUCAUUGGAUAGCUUACGACUAGAGACUGAUUCUACUGUGGACCUGCGACCCCCAUCUCCAAUAAACUUGUCCCGCAGCAUUGACCAGGCUCUGUUCAAUGAAUCCCUGUUCUCUCACAGUAUCUUUGGUUUGCCAAGGUUAUUCCAUGCUUCCUCCAGUCACUCUUUGAGCUCUCCUAGCCAUGGUAUGUCAAAGCAAGGGCCUAGCUCUGUGCAAAAUGCCCUAUACCGUACCUCUUCCUGUGGAGAUGUGGAUCAAGACAACACCCUGUCCGGUUCAAGACCUUCCCAUCCACAUGUCUCUUUGACGUCUCACAACAAUCCACCAAUGUCACCACAGCAAUGGGAUUGGAAAGGGAGUGUCUCUGGCUCAACCCAGGGUCUGUGCAGCAUUCCCAAGGAGACCGGACACCUGCGCUCACAGUCCUGGGCCAACAGAGGUCACAACUUUGCCCAGAGUAGCCACCCACGAGCAAUACCACACCUUUCUUACCACAGGCGUUACCGGACCCUGAGCUUGGCUUCCCCGGGGAGUCAAGGAUCUGGCCGACUGGCAGGGACUAAACACCUGAGUGAAAGCAAGCAGCUGGAAUGGGAUCUGGCCGUACAGGCAGAGUUUGUCAACGUGUGCAAACAAAUUGAUGCUCUGAGUGUUUGCAGUGACACAAUUGAUUUAUAGAAAGCUGUAAAAGUCCAGUUGUGAUUGGAACGUACAUCAUACUGUACAGAAAUAGCAGACUCUGAUUAGGUUAGAUGGAGGAAUUCAAUUAUACAUUAUUAAAGUUAUACAAUGGAAAAUAAUUACCUGAACCAAUGAAAGGGGAAUGGACAUCAUUGAGACAAUAUGUAGACCAGACCUAUUUUGUAUAAAUACUGUACUGUUGAUAUUUUAUACAACCCUGAUUCCAAAAAACUUGGAAGGCUGUGUAAGAUGUAAAUACAUCAGGAAACUGUUUGUAAUAUCUUAAUAUCAUUUAUACAGCAGUGUGUUUCACAUAAUGGUGAACCUCACCCAGUCAUCUCUUGAGAACAACUGAGACUUUUGAGGAGGCCCCUUUUACACCCAGUCAUGAUACUAUCACUUGUUUUGUUUUUUUUAUGAGGCAAAACAUUAAAUAAAUUGUCUUUGUACUGUUUUCAGUUUUAAGAAAAAUGUCACCAAGGCUUAGCAAAUAAUUGCAUACUAUUUUUUUUUGUUUUACACAGCAUACCAACUUUUCUGGAAUCAGGGUUGACCAUGCAACACUUGAUUUUGAAGGCUGGUAUCAUCACACUGUUUUAGCAACUUCAAGAAGCUCUUCUCUUUGCAGCCGUAUUUUUAAAACAUUUUUGAAGUGUUCUAAUGUAAUUUCUAAUUCCAGUUAGACAUUCGUGAAUUUAGAAAUCAAAUGUCUAUUAGAGCCUGAAUGCUAUCAAGAAGUUACUUUAAGACAGAGUUUUAAUAUUUGUAUAGGGGACAUGUCUAGAUGUUUUUUUUUAUAUAUAUUUGAAGCUAUCCUGCAGAGAUAAAUAUGAAGAGUAUAUAAGAGGAAUAUAAAGGAGAGCCCUCUUCAAGUGGGCAACCAGUAUGUUUCAUUUUACAUUGUUUAUGUACUGUUGUGGUUCGGACCUCUUCCCCAUUAUAGACAUGAUUUAUUUACAGUGAUAAACAACAUGAGGAUUCAGUAAAAUCAGAUUCAUCAGAAAGAGCUCAAACUUGAAAUCUGUGAUGUUAAAGUAACGUUAUGGAAGUCAUAAUGUAAAAAAAACAAAAAAAGGCACCAGCUGUAUGAUGUGGGGCACCAGCAUGCAGAGAGAGCACUGGAGAGGCAACCUAAAGGGCACAUUUUCAAGUUUUGUCUUCAUUAGGGGCAUCCAAGAGGGCACGUUUCCAGCUUUUCUUCAAACAUGGGGUGUGUGUCAUAUAUGCACAGAAUGAGUUGAUAUUGAAGUGGAUAAAUUCUGAAUAUACUGCCCUCUAGUGGUAAUGAAGAAACUCACUCUCACUUGUGAUGAGAAAAAUCGCCUACACAGAAGUCAAGAUGAUGGUGACACAUUUCCCCUUCAUGUAUUUCUAUAUGUCAAAAAAGUUAAACAGUACCAAAAUGUGCUUGUCAAAAUUACCUUUAUUCAACACUAUUUACAAUAAAUAUAAUUUUGAAUUCCUUAGGGUCGGUGACAGAACAAGACAUUUAUUUUCUGUAUUUUCUGUCACCAGCAAGUAAGAACAACUGUCAGCCAGCACAAAAGCUCAUAUAAUUGGAUGCAAGUUAAACAUAAUACCAGAAACCUUGAGUAUCUCCCACAAAAAAUAAGCAAUCACAUUCAAAAAACUGGCAAAUCAAGUUUACAUCAAUUCUAUGAAGAAAGACAUCUAUCUUGGGCAUUUGGUUUGUUACUACACUACUCCACUGACUCCAUAGCUCUAUUUCAUUGACCAUUUAUUUAUUUCUUUUAAAUACUGAGUCUAAAAAAACAACUAUUUAUUAAACAUGUAUUAUGUACAGAUAAUAGCCAUGUAAUUAAUAAUGCUUUUUGCAAAAUGAGAUUAUGGAAGACCACAACAUGUCAAGCCAAUGUGACUCAAACUCAUUUUGUAUCAUUAAUAUAAACACGGGGCUGUAUGUAUUUAUAAAACUCGGACCGGUGUCACUCAUGUCUUGUUAUCCAGUAUUUUGAACAGAGGAAAAUCCAGAGUGAGAUUGCAGAUGAUUGCUCCUUUAAGGCGCUCCUUGCUACAAAUGUAUGUAUGUAUGUGAUUUAAGGCUGAUGCUAAACUUUGGUCCCUUCUGCAGCAGUGCAGCACAUUCAGAGAGCUCAUUACACGCAGGGCGAUCAGAGCAGGUCAUCCACCCUGUUCAAGCAAAAUUUUCACCCGUCAGAGGAAUUAAAUUGAAUUUGUUCAAAGGUGCAAUGUGUAAGAAAAUGUGUUUAAAACAUUCCAAAAUGAACUCAGAUUACCAUCAGAAUGUGAAGAAACCACAGGUUUGACAUUAUGUCAAAGAUGUCUCUGUGCUAUGUUGAAGAGAUAUGUACUGAAGGUAGCAUGCUAACCAAACCUGAACACCUCUUUGUCCCAGCAGUCCAAAGCUCCUGUGCUUGCAUUAUAAAUACUGACACUCCAUUGGUCUUCCGGCUAGCUGCACGGAAAACUGAGCUACCAAGCUAGCAGUAGCUACAGUCAUGGAUGUUUAAAAAAAAAAAAAAAAAAGAAAAUCUGGUUAGCAUCAGUUAGAUCAGUUAGCAGGGGCUCUGGUGAUAUGCUGCCCCUGUCUGUUGGGAUGAAUUCAAGGUGGCCAAUUUUUACAUAUUGCACCUUUAAACAAAAUCUAAUCAGUGCAGUAAGAAGAUAAUGAGAAUAUUAUUUUACUAUUUGUACCAUGCUGUGUGUUUACAGUUCCUGGCUCGGUUAGCUUGAUACACAAGGUUGCUGGCUAGAAAAUGUGACCAUACAUAUAAUACAAGGUUAUAUACGUGUCUGAAUUCUGUUUUUAUUAUCAGCAGAGAGCUAAAUUAAAGCUAUUUAACUUUCAUGUUUCUUUCCUCUUUUUAAACAUUUAAAAAAAAAAUGCCAGAAAGAUGCUGCUGUUUAUUUUGUUACGUGUCUUUUACUCUGUGAAUAAAGUGAUUUCUUGUAAAAAUAAAUAAUUAAUGUUUUGGAUGUUGUGCACUAUUUUGUACCAGGGUGCAACACAGCAAUGAUAAGCUUUUUCCAAAAGUAGGCGAUGACAUGUUUUCUCAUUGAAAGGGAUCAGCAGAAUGGUUAAUUACAUUAUCCCUGUUACACCCUGGACACAGUUGGAGAAAGACCGAGAGUUCACGUAACAGACUCGACUACGCAUGACCUCCUUGGCUCUCCUUUGAACUUCAGACUCCGAUUAAAGUGCCUGAUCUAUCUUCAAGGGAGUCAGAGAAGGGACAGGCAAGAAUAAGAAGGUGUGGCUGUUGUCCUACAAAGAC